GGGACAGAAGACCCCGAAGUGCACCUUCGGUAGAGGGUGACGGACGGACAGGGAGGCUGACCCGGCCUCAGCAGCAUGCGGGACCCGCGGACCUGGACCGCCUCAUCCGGCCCGGGGGAGCGCGGGAAAGCAGCCACUUACACUGGGGACCGGAAGGCGAGACUGGCGGCCAGAGCCAACAAGAGGUGGGUGAGGCUGAUGACGGUGCUGGUCUACGUCCUGUCCGUGUCUCUGUUCGCCGUCAUCCUGUCCCUGUACUACGGUCUCGUCUGGACACCCACGGCUGGACCUGAAACCACCCAUGGCAGGACCGGGACGAGUGAAAGCGGACAGACUCGAUGUAAGGGCAAAAGUGAUACUGAAGUUACUGUUGAUUUUCACACAGACUCUACAGAACCUGAAAAACCUGUACCCGGUUCAGGAGAUCUCUCCCCUGGACCCACUGCGAUGCUACACCCGGUUCCCCCCGCGGGACCCUUCGAGCCCUCUCAGCCCGAACAGGACUGCUCCUCUCCGGCUUCGAGCUCCACAGAGUCUCCCCCUGUGACCGCGGAGGAUCCGUCCAACCUGCCCACACACAGGUACGGUGUCCAGGGAGGGGAGCCGGAGCGCCCUGGGUCAGGGUCAGAUGAGCUCGUUUUUACGGAGACUUCGAAAUAAAACGUUUCUUCCACUGUGUGUACACAAUCCGAGCGGUUUAACUGUAUUUUUAUUUAGUUGUGAGUGUUUUUGGGUUCAGCUGACUAAGUUAUUUUAUUGCAAAAGUUUUUUUUUCUAUUUCAACACCAAGUUUAUCUUCAUCUCCAGCUUUUUUUCUUUUCAGUGUAAGUUUAUUUUAACCUUUCACAGAGCAGUCACAAAGUUUUUUUUUUUUUGUUUUUGUUUUUUUAACAAAAUAGCAAUAAUAACAACAAAAAAUAAAUACAAAACAAAUCAAAAUAACAAGGGUAAUGUAUUUUAAAAAAUGUUCUAAAAUAUAUUUUUAAAAGAAAUAAAGACAAGUGUGUUCAUGUUGUAGCCUAUUAUUGCCCUUUGUAUCAUAUUUGACACAUACUUUUAUGGUACUUCUAUCAAAUCAAUAUGAUCAACAAAUUACAAAAAAAAACCCACCUUAAAACAGUCCAAUAAAUAGUAAAAAUGUCCUUUUGUGGUUUAUCAGUUCCCAAAAACAUAAAUAUAUAUAAAUAUAUUUGUUAAAUUUUAAGGACAUUUUGAUUUUUUUGUUUUUCAGUAGUAAGUGAAAUAGACAUUGCAGCUCCAAAAACAUUGGAAUUUUCUGGCCAUAAAUUGUGGUUUCAGGCACUAGAGGGUUAAAUUUUACCAUAUUUAUUUAGAUCUUUGACCAAGCAGAUUUACCCCUGAGAGAAAGCAUUUUCUGUAAUCCAUCAACUGUUUUGAUGAGUUUUGCUGGAUUUAAUCUGUUACUAUGAGAAGCUUAAAUCCUCAAACUGUCCCCUUGUUUCCUCCGAAAUCUGAGUUUGUCUGUAAAAGGUGGGCCAAAGUAAUUAAGGCCAAAGUCUGGAGAGGUUUGUGCAGGUUUUCCUUUCAGGUCUGUAUUUGAUCCCUGAUGGAGAUAAAUUAGAUUUUCUUUCUUUCAUUUAUCCUUUCAUUGUCUGAGUGAAUCAGCCAGAAUGAAGCCUGCACAGGUGGGUCCAUCAGCUGAUCUGAGCGUUUCCAGUCGAUUUCACCUGUUUUUAAUCCUGAUUCACCUCCUCUUUGUUUGAUGGGUUUUAUUUUUAACCCAACAAGACCACAGUUAUCAGAGCUGGCGGGUUUAUAAAUUCAGUCCGAAAAUAGCAUCCUGACUUAGAGGAUCUGCCAUUUGGAAGAAGGGAUGACUACACUGAGAGAAGCUGGAUCAGUUAUUAAAAAGUUUUUUUUUUGUAAAUCACGACUGAACAUCACUUUUUAGUUGCUAAAUGCUGAGCUGUUGGUUUAUUUUAGGAUUUGAAGCUCUUCUGGAGUCUGAAAGUUACUGCAGACCUGUCCUACAGUGGUCCUAAGGCCUGCCUUUGAAGCCUUUUAUACAGAUAUUUACCUUCAAAUGGAUUUUCCACAAGCUUGUACCAACAUUAAGAGACAAUAAAAAGUGUAUUACAUGAUAAA